UCCACUGACUCAGCAUUAUUAUGCGCUGAUCGUAUAUAAGAUGAUGAUCAUUUCACUCACAGCUUCGGGAAGAUCUAAAAGAGGUUCUUGCUUCAACAGUGAUUGAACGGAACUUCGAUCUCAUCGAAAUUUCAUAUUUUUUUACGUUUUUUAUAAUAAAACUAUAAAACCCGCCGAAAUGGAGACUUCUCAGGUUCGCCAGAACUACGACCGCGACUGCGAGGCUUUGAUCAACAAGAUGAUCAGUUUGGAGCUGUACGCUGGAUACACAUACACGUCCAUGGCUCACUACUUCAAACGGGAUGACGUCGCCCUUCCUGGAUUUGCCAAGUUCUUCAUGAAGAACAGUGAGGAGGAGCGCGAGCAUGCUGAGAAAUUCAUGGAGUUCCAGAACAAGAGGGGUGGCCGCAUCGUCCUUCAGAAUGUCAAGAAACCAGAGCGUGAUGCAUGGGACAAUGGACUGACUGCUAUGCAGUGCGCUCUUCAGCUGGAGAAGAACGUCAACCAGGCUCUGCUGGACCUGCAUAAGGUUGCCUCUCAAAAGGGAGACCCUCAUCUGUGUGACUUCCUGGAGACUCACUACUUGGAUGAGCAGGUUGAGGCCAUCAAGAAGCUUGGUGACCACAUCACCAACCUUACCAAGAUGGAUGCUGGCAACAACAGGAUGGCGGAGUAUCUGUUUGACAAGCACACCCUGGAUGGUGACAGCAGCUAAAUGCAGCCCUCUGAUCAUUUGCAUGCUUUUAAAUUACUUUUAAAUCAGGUUUUAAGAGCACAUUAUAUGUUUUCAUGACACAGCUCAUAUACAGAAUUGUACAUUUUAAACAACUGAAAGGUUUAACAAGUAAAGGUUGAUGCAAUCUUGUUAUAGCCAAGCCAUUGCUUUCCUGUUUAAUGUUCACGAAUUGGUCUUAACCUGGUGUAUUUGAGGAAUAAACAUUUUGGACUGGA